UUUUCGAGCGGUCGAAAAAGUUGACGGUCAAACUUUUAAAUCCGGAUUCGGGAACCAAAUUCAGUUCGCAAAUUGUUUGAAUAAUGAAUUAUGAAGAAAAUUUCAAGUUAUUUUAUAGAAUUGCAAAAAUUCUUAUCCUAAAACUGAAGGAUGAUGACAGAAUUCUCGCCGCCCAGUGGUUGCGGAAGUUUGCUGGCUGCCAAUCGGAAACUGAUUCGGAGCUACGAAAUCAUUACAUGACCCUGUUGCUGAUGACUCUUCAGCAGCAACGAAUUGUUGGUCCAUUCAAGGCACCCCCGACAGCGGGAAACAAACUGGAACCAUUUGCGGAAGACUUUCAGCCGUCGGAUAUUCAGCAGCUGAUCAACGAGGAGCUGCAGAAAAAACCACCUCCACCCCUGACUCAGUACGCUCUUUCCGGGGACUCGAUGCAUACCGAGUUUGCUGUUACGCAGGAAAUUCCGAACUUUGGGGUACAUUUCUACUAUGUAUACUCGCUGCAUUCCAUCGACGAAUUCCAGCAAACUCAUCGGUCACUGAUUCCGCGUCCCUUAAUGGGACCAACCAGCUCGGUUUUGCGUAAUCUCAACAGUGGCGUUGAACAGUUUCUGCGCACAGAGAAAAAGAGAGUAAAGGUCGCGGUCGACAAAACUGGUAAAAAGACAAUACAAAUUCAAGAUGAACACUUUGCCGGAUUCUCGGACGGUGCGAGAAAAACUCGAGGAAUGUCCAAGCGAUUGCAAAAACGUCUUGGUGUGACACUUCCGCCUCCUGAACCGAUUGCUGCUGAUACCUAUGAAGAGCAUUCACCGAGACGUCCUGCAGGUGAUGGCUCAGUAGCGGGAGCGGUAGCAGCCGGUGCCGCAUCAGCGGCAGCAACUGCGACACCUGGUGCUGCUAAGAAACCGAAAACCCCCACAAAAUCUGGCAUUAUAAGACCUGGUGCAACUCGAGGCAAAAUUGCACGAAAACCAGCUCAAACUGCUCCUCAACUUGCAGUGCCUGAACCACAAGUUAUACCCGUUAGUUCCCCUCUACGCUUCACGCGACAUCCUGCUGCGCCGCCAACUCCACCGCUUUUUGUUUACGGUGUACCCACCGAAGGCCACGUUUACGAGCAAGAAGACUUCGAUGUUCCUGCCACUGAAAAGUUCGGCUUUUCUAGGGCCAAACUCCUCAAACAAAAAUGGUCGCCCUCCAAGCAACCCGAACGAGUCCAGAUGCUGGACAUCCUCGAACAACAUCCAAUCACGGAGCAAAUCAAACAGAUCGAGGCCGAGGCAAGACCACGUAUACCGACGCCAGAGAUAGUUGAAGAAGUUCGCGAAACGAAACGACGUUCGCAGCUGUUGAAGAGUGUUGCCGAUCCGAAAACGCGUGGGCUAAUGGAAAAGUUCUAUGCUGUGAAGUCUGCCAAACCUCGAAAACUGGAUUUUUCCGAACGAGAAGACACACUACCUGCACCAGCUGCCGCCAAUCAAUCAAUAUUGCUUCUCGAUGACACCGAUGAGUUUUUGGAACAAGAAGCAAUGGAUUAUUACGAUCAAUUUGCCGACAGUCAAUACAUGUGGCCUGAAAUAACGCAAGAUAUAUCCAUGAUGCCAGGGCCAUCGUCGACUAGAAUUGAUAUAGGUAGAGAGGAAGAACAAGUUUUUGACUUGCAGGAAGAAGUUCAGGAACACUUCCAAGACGGUGCCUUGCAGGACGAAUUCCUUUCCGAUGUUGGUAUUGAGUUUGCAGAUGAGCCAGACUAUGAUGAUAGCCCCCUUCCGGUCCCGUAUCAAUCUCCUGCCAGGUCACCAAUGGAUGCAGCCAGACAUCUAGAGCAAGCACGAGCAGCCUAUCACGAUGUUGCUAGAGAUAUUCACCCUAGGACACCUACUCCUAAGAAACCACCUCGAAGAAUGACCCCCAAAGAUGCGUCAGAUCGCCUAGUGGACAUCAGUGGUGAAGCAAUUUACGUCAGCCCCACAUCACCGAGGACGCAAAAGCACAUGAUGGAUUUGCUCACCGGUGAGACGCCAACCAAGAUGAAAUUACUCAUGGAAAAAAUCGCCGAUCAGGUAGUAAUACACAAGGAACUAGUCACUGGCAUAAAACCCAAAUCGCCAUCGAUGGAACGAUUACUAAUUCAAUUCGAAGACUCCAUCGAAACACUGGAGAAUGUCAGAAGUUGUUUAGAGGAGAGUGUCAAAGAAACAACACCAGUUAGACAAGCAACCCCGCAGCCUACAGAAAUUGAUCUCGAUAGAGGUGCUGAAGCACUUGAAAAUUUGAAAUCUCGCUUACAGCAAUUGCGUGAAGCUAGACAGGUUAAACCUCAAACACCUCCGGGAACACCGUUAGCAGAAGCUUCACCACGAACAACAAGACCGUCACCGACUGCAGAACUUCCAUCUACAGCUUCUGCCACAGAGGAGGAGGUUAGACAAGUUGAGGAAGCAAUUCCGUUUAGUCCUAUUGGUUUGCAACUUGUUGAUGUAUCGGACCUACUGGCAAAAGCUAUGGAUGGUGCUCAAUUACUGCAAGAUGUGGCAGAAUCUGUACCCGAGCCAAUUGUUCAAGAAGCUGUAAACCAAAGCAUACAAUCUGCAGCCGCUUUAAGCGAAAUAUCUGACCGGUUAAAGGAUCUGACAACAAUAUGGGAACAAACUGCCAUCGCGCUGGAUGAUUCCUCACUAGGACUGAUUGAAGAUGAAGAAUUGGAAGAUAUUUUCAGUCAUGAGAAAACGUUGGACAGUAUGGUAGAAAGUCUGAAUCAAUCGGUAAAAGAAGUGAUUGCCGAGAGUGGAGACGCGGGGUCGCCUGCAGUUCAACAACUGCAAACCACACUGCGAGAUUUCCAGCAAGCCUUACAGGAGAUUAGUGUGAAAGGGUCGCUGCUCGAAGAUAGCUUACCAGUUGAGGAGCUCUUCGAUGAUGCUAUAGAAGAGUUGGAACGAUCAGUGCAACUAGAAAAAGCAGCGAUAAUGAACGUUCCUGAGACGAUGGAGAAUCAGGAAGUUUUGGAAAAAAGUAGAGCUGCAACAGAGGGCCUUGGCGAGAUACUCGACCAAUUGGUCGCUGUUGCACCAUCAUCUCCCACCCGAGCUCCUCGUGUUGAUCCACAAAGACAAGCUGACAUCGAAGCUCGAUUGAAAACGCUUCGCAUUGCUUCUCGUCCACCAGUAGAACAAGACAUACUCGUCGAUUUUUACGAAGAUGAGCCAGUGGAAAUGCCAGAACUUGAACCAUUUAAAAUCGAUUUUUCGUAUGAAGAAGGAGAGGAAGGAAUUUUAGCUGACGAGGAAAUGACGAUGGAUGAUCUUCUAAUGGAAGACACUGAUGCUGCCGCGGCAGCAUUCUUUUCAAGACGCAUACGGCGGCCUCCACCAUUUUCACCUUCCCUUUUGCGAAGAACAUAUACUCCAAGAGGACGUCAUUCUGAAAAGCGGAUUAAGAUUCAAGAUCAGAUUCAGUCUGAAAUGGCAAACCUGCUCAGUAAAGCACAAGAACAACAAAUGGCGCUUUUGGAUGCAAGCCUAACGAUUAACGAUAAUGCAACAGAUGCAAGUGCUGUCGCCGCAAGCCAGCGUGUUACCCAGUCGAUCUUAAAAUCGCAAGCCACGAUGUCCGAUGUGAUUUCACAGGUUCAACAGUCACCGCCCGAUACGGGCUUCGACUGGAUGGGUCCGAUGGCUUCUCACGCCUUACCGAAAAAGCCUGGUUCGAGAGCACCAAUCAAAGCUGGAGUCAAACAACCACAAGCAGCACCGUCAGCCAGAACAAAGGUCCCUUCUAGAACAUCUGUCAGGCCAACACCAGGUACUAAACCAGCACCAGUAAGGCGCUCCACAGCUUCUUCUACUCCAGCCGUGCAAAGAAGACCAGCUACGAGAGAAACGUUAGCUCCACCACCGGGUGUCAAAGUUCCCAAACCAAGGGCUGGUUCUGCCACCCCCGUGCCAGUGAAGCGACCUCCACCAGGUACUAGUGGUGUUGUACCUACAUCCGUUCGGGCAACGCUUCCACGACCGACAUCUGCUGCGAGUACUAGUCGAAGACGGUAGUUUUUUGUCGGUGAGAUCUCAAAAUUUAUAUGUGAUUUAUUUAUAUAUUUUUUAAAUCAAUACAUGA